UAUGUAUGCUUUCCGGUUGAAGGAUCGGCUCUGUCAAGGCUUUCCGUGAUUGUUUUGUCUGAUCAAGCUACAGGACAUGGACGCAGUUAUAACCGGUUAACAGUUAAUCGCAUUAUUAAAGCAGAAAUUAGAAACGUGUGAGAGAAAAUCUAGGGCUGAACCUGUUGCCAAAUCUGGCUCAGACUUGUUGGCCGGUUAAUGCAUAGAGUUAAGAGGGUGAAACUUGAAGACGAAACAGAAGGUAGUUGGAAAAGAAGUUAUACAGCUGUCAGAAUGACCGCGGUAGAUGAGCUCUCGGACAGUACGGAGGUGGUGGAGAUGGAGGACGUGCCCUCCCAGUUCUUUGUGGAGAAGCACUCGUGGGAUGGCCUGCGGAACAUCAUCCAUAGCAGCCGCAAGUACUCGGGCAUGGUCAUCAACAAGGCCCCGCAUGACUUCCAGUUUGUCCCGAGGCAGGACGAGUCAGGACCAUACUCCCAUCGACUCUACUACCUCGGAAUGCCCUAUGGAAGUAGGGAAAACUCAUUACUUUACUCAGAGAUUCCCAAGAAAAUUAGGAAAGAGGCCCUUCUGGUGUUGUCGUGGAAACAGAUGCUAGAUCACUUUCAGGCCACCCCACAUCAUGGGGUGUACUCCCGGGAGGAGGAGCUGCUGAGGGAGAGGAAGCGUCUAGGGGUCUUUGGGAUCACAUCGUAUGAUUAUCACGCCGAGAGCGGCCUUUUCCUCUUCCAGGCCAGCAACAGCCUGUUCUACUGCCGGGACGGAGGCUAUAAUGGCUUCAUUCAGGCGUCCCCCAUGAAGCCUGUAGAGAUUAAGACCCAAUGCUCAGGCACUCGAAUGGACCCCAAGAUCUCCCCAGGCGACCCCACCUUCAUGUCCUUCAUCAACAGCAACGACCUGUGGGUGGCCAGCAUCGAGACUGGGGAGGAGCGGAGACUCACCUACUGCCAUAAAGGACUGAAUAACGUGAAGGAGGACCCCAAGUCUGCAGGCAUUGCCACCUUUGUAAUCCAGGAGGAGUUUGACCGCUUCACGGGCUACUGGUGGUCGCCAGCUGCUCCUGAAGACCCAGAUGGGGGGAAGACCCUCCAGUUACUGUAUGAGGAGGUGGAUGAGUCAGAGGUGGAGUUAAUUCACGUUCCCUCCCCAGCCCUGGAGGAGCGCAAGGCUGAUGUUUACAGAUACCCCCGCACAGGGAGUAAGAAUCCUCAAAUUACUUUCAAACUGGCAGAAAUCAGAACCGACCACCUUGGCAGAAUUGUGAGCACCCAGGACAAGGAGCUGGUCCUGCCUUUUACCACUCUGUUCCCUGGGGUAGAGUACAUCGCCCGCGCCGGCUGGACAAAAGACGGCAAAUAUGCAUGGGCAGUGCUGCUGGACAGGAGUCAACAGAGGCUCCAGUUGGUCCUGCUUCCCCCGGCCCUGUUCAUCCCUGUAACCCAGGACCAGGCCCAACGAGAGGAGAGCGUGGAGGCUGUGCCAGAGGGGGUCCACCCCUUCAUCAUCUAUGAGGAGAUCACCGACAUCUGGAUCAACGUCCAUGACAUCUUUUAUCCUUUCGUUCAAACAAACGAUGAUGAGAUCACCUUCCUCUGGGCGAACGAGUCCAAAACUGGCUUCUGCCAUUUGUACAAGGUCACCACACUGUUACAACAAGGCUGCUACCAGUGGACCAGAGGCUACACGCAGACAGAGGAGGACUUUAAGUGCCCGAUUAAGGAGGAGGUGACGUUAACCAGUGGGGAGUGGGAGGUGUUGGCCAGACAUGGCUCCAAGAUCUGGGUGAACGAGGCCACCCAGCUGGUGUACUUCCAGGGCACGCGGGACACGCCCCUGGAGCAUCACCUAUACACUGUGAGCUACGACUCCCCGGGGGACAUGGUCAGGCUGACCAAGCAAGGCUUCUCCCACAGCUGCUCCGUAAGCCAGAAUUUUGACAUGUUUGUCAGCCAUUACAGCAACGUCAGCACGCCUCCCUGCGUCCACAUCUACAAGCUGAUAGGCCCAGAGAGUGACCCACUGCACAAAGAGCCAGAGUUCUGGGCCAGCAUGAUGGAGGCCACAGGGCGCCCAGGAGAUUACAUUCCACCAGAGAUCUUUAAUUUCCCAGGGAAGUCAGGGUUCCACCUCUACGGCAUGUUGUACAAACCACACAACUUUGUACCUGGCAGGAAGCACCCCACAAUCCUCUUUGUGUAUGGAGGCCCCCAGGUGCAGUUAGUAAAUAACACAUACAAAGGAGUGAAGUACCUGAGGCUGAACACGCUAGCGUCACUAGGCUACGCCGUCGUGGUCAUCGAUGGGAGAGGCUCCUGUCAGAGAGGCCUCAAGUUUGAGGGGGCUCUGAAAAACAAAAUGGGCCAGGUGGAGAUCGAGGACCAGGUAGAGGGCCUGCAGUACGUGGCCGAAAAGUUCACUUUUGUGGACCUGAGUCGCGUGGCCAUCCACGGCUGGUCUUACGGUGGCUUCCUCUCCCUCAUGGGCCUCGUCCACAGGCCCAAUGUCUUCAAGGUGGCCAUAGCGGGCGCCCCUGUGACGGUGUGGAUGGCCUAUGACACAGGCUACACGGAGCGCUACAUGGACCUGCCUGAGAACAACCAGCAGGGAUACGAAGCCGGCUCCGUCGCCUUGCACGUAGACAAGCUGCCCAGCGAGCCUAACCGGUUACUUAUAUUACAUGGAUUCCUUGACGAGAAUGUGCACUUUUUCCACACCAACUUCCUGGUGUCUCAACUGAUCCGUGCGGGGAAGCCAUAUCAGCUACAGAUCUACCCCAACGAGAGACACAGCAUCCGCUGCCCAGAGUCUGGAGAGCACUAUGAGAUUAUGCUGCUGCACUUCCUCCAGCAGUACCUCUGAGGGCUGCAGUUGAACAGACAGAGCCCUACCCACUCUUCCUCCUCUCUCUCCCCCCAUUGCCCAAUGUCACCAUGCCCCUUCACAUACACCACAGGAGGCUGGUGAGGGGAGGACUGGUCAUAAUAAUAGCUGGAAUGGAAUGGUAUCAAACAUGUCUGAUG